GCGAGCAGCUGUUAUAUUGCAUUUUUAAUUUAAGAAACGACCCAAAUGUUUAUAUUAUCGAUACAAUCAGCGUGUGACACAGCUGAUUAGCAGUCUAACGUAAGUUGUCAGCUCUGGGUUCUCUAAUCGGCGGCUUGCACAGCUGUUAUUUCAUUAUUACGUCAAAACAAAAAUUGUGUGGCAUCGAAAUAUAUAAAUGUGUUAAAUGAAAAGCAGGAUAAACACUUUCAUCAGCUUCAAGGAGAGCUAUAUGAAAAGCUUUUUGGGUACUAGAGCACACGUAAAAACAUGCUGUUGAUAAUCACGCAACAGGCGUCUUAACAGGCAUUUGACGCAUGGAACUAAAGUGAAGACAUUCAUCCAAGGUUGAACACAGUGCAUCUCAAACCGCUUGACAGACAUGCAGUUUUCAUCUGCCGCCGAAUCUUAAAUCCACCGUCAAGUUCAAAACCAAUGCGAUCGGGCCUACUGUUCGGCAGACUUUCGUAUUUCAACACAGAAACUCACCACGCUCAAAGCGACGAUCGCGCAGGCGUAGCAAGCUACGUGCGCAGACAGCGGUAAAACGCGGAACACUUCGCUGAAGCUGCUGCAGUUGGACGCAAGCAACGCGCUUUGCCCGUCUCCUCAACAAUUUCGUCCCGUCGAAGUUCGCAUAAACCGCGUGUGUAUGUCUGUCACUAUAUUUGUAUAUUCAUCUGAGUAACUGUAACUGUGUCGUAUCUUUGCGAAUCGAAACAUAAGCCUGUAAUAAUGCUGUUUUACGUUUAACAACUAUUUUGUUUACGUUUCAUCAAGUUUUGUAAGCUUGCCAUUGCGAUUGCAAGGGCUUUAGUUCACUCAACGCCAGCCACUUGUUUUCAGCCGACAAAUAGAAAACCCAAAUCAACCAAAAUCAAAACAAAACCAAACAAAAUAUAACGAUAUAUACAAAAUGGCCUGCUUAAGUACUUCCGGUCGCGUCGCGUGCGGUUCGCGUCGUCAACAAGCGCACAAGUUGAUCUGUCGCCUAUUCCUGAACCACAGCCUGCACAGCCGGCAGAGCAGCCAACUGGUGGCAGGUGACACGCCAGGACACGCAAGGAAAUACAGAGCAACGCACAAUGAGCAGUUGGCUCGUAGCUUUCAUGGAUUAAGUUUCGGCAUUAACCAGGAUUACCUCAGCCUGCUGCAAACUUCACACAGCUGCAGCCAGCCGCCAAAUCUUCGCUCACACAGCUCCGUGCACACACAGCAGCCGGCUGGACCCGUGAGAGAAAUACAAAUUGAUCCAUAUAUAAUACUCGAUGACGAACUCAAGUAUUUCUACGACGAUGUGCGAGAUUUGCUGCAGUCGGGCACAUCACAGCCGGAGCUCGAUACCAUCGCUUGCUACUACUUCGAUGGGCAGGGCAAGGCGCUGCGUCCCAUGGUGACCAUGCUGAUGGCCAAGGCACUGAAUUAUCAUCUGAACAACGAGUCACACCAAUUAGUACACAAGCAACGACAGAUAGCCCUCUUCUCCGAGAUGGUGCACUCGGCCAGCUUAGUCCAUGACGAUGUCAUCGAUCAGUCGGACUUUCGGCGCGGCAAGCCCAGCGUUAAUGCUCUAUGGAAUCACAAAAAGGUCACAAUGGCUGGUGAUUACAUUUUGUCGAUUGCCUCGAUUAUGAUAUCGCGCCUGCGCAGCGAUGACGUGACGAUCGUCUUGAGUCAGAUCUUAACCGACUUGGUUCAAGGUGAAUUCAUGCAGCUGGGCUCGAGGGAAACGGAGAAUGAGCGUUUCGCGCACUAUCUGACCAAGACAUACAGGAAGACCGCAUCGCUGAUUGCCAAUGCACUGAAGGCGACCGCCGUUAUCGCCCAGGCCGAUGAUAAUGUUGCGGAGGUGGCAUUUCAAUAUGGACGUAAUAUUGGCCUGGCCUUCCAGCUGGUGGACGAUAUGCUGGACUUCGUCUCUUCCACGGAGCAAAUGGGCAAGCCAACGGCAGCUGACUUAAAACUGGGCCUGGCCACAGCGCCGGUUCUCUUUGCAUGCGAAAAGUAUCCCGAGCUCAAUCCGAUGGUUAUGCGUCGCUUCAGCGAGCCGGGCGAUGUGGAGCGGGCCUUUGAGUUGGUUCAUAAAUCACACGGACUCGAGCAGACGCGUUUCCUGGCCAAGAAGCACUGCAAUGAAGCGAUACGGCUGGCACAGGAGCUGACGGAGUCCCCCUACCAGAAGGGCCUACAGGUUGUCGCCGACUUAGUCAUCAAUCGCAUGAAGUAGGAGUCAUCCAGCAUACAUACACAUAUACAAAUUAAUAUAUAUACACAUGUAAUAUUAAGUUAGAAGCAGGCAGGCAACACGUAAUGAAUGCUAGAUAAGUCAGCAAAUGAGAGAAGCAAGCAAACAUUUGUAAAAAGAAACUAGAAAAUCUACAAAACACAGAAGCAAAAAAAAACAAAACAAAAUUUAUUAUUUAGUUUUUAAGCAUUGUUAUUGACACUGUAAAUAAUUGCAUCAAAUGUACACAGAAGAACAUUGUAACAAAUUUACAGACCGAAAACGAAUA